GCUACUUUAACAGGAUCGUAAGAUAGCCCCGGCUACAUGCUCGGAGUCAUUUCAGCGCCCCUGUAUCAGCAAGGCUUUGAGAUUUCCAUACUCCAGGAUCAGCGAGCAUAUCAGGAUUUAAAUAAUUAUUACGUCGGGGAUCGCGUCGGGGGGAGGUGGUCGGUCGGUUGCCCGAAAGGCCCUCGGUAAUAGAUGCCGUUGCUUCUUACAUACAUCACCCUAAAGCCAUCGCUCUACGAGGGACAGCGAAGUGGUCGGUUGUGUGUCGCCGCUUGAAACCAGAAGAGGGAGGUUUUGUUAAAAAAAAAAUGUAUGCGCAACAGAGCCGGCCGAUGAGAGAGGGUGAAGAGGCCCUGCUCUCUCCGAUAUUGGAGGGGGCGGCUAGGACAAAGUGUUCCUGUACUUGGCGAAGCAGGUUUACCUUGGCUGCGCUUCGCGUAGUGCUAUGGCGGUGUCUCGCAUUUACGAGACCAAGCUUUCUGCGGAAGCAAUCGCCGGCGUCGGGUUCGGAGAAGUACGGUGAGGCGUCGCGGAAGCCUCAUUCGACGGAAUAUCUCGACGGCGUCCGCGGCGUCGCCUCCCUGAUCGUGUUCAUCCUCCACUGGUCUCACAUCCCCUACCCGGCCGUCAACUCGGGGUGGGGGUACAAGGACAACACGUCCUUCUGGCUGCUGCCGUUCGUGCGGAUCGUGUACUCGGGGGCCGCCAUGGUGUCAAUUUUCUUCGUCGUGUCGGGCUUCGUGCUCUCGCACCGCUUCAUCCAGCGCAUGCACCGCCAGGAAUACACGGAGCUGUUCGCCAGCCUGACCUCGUUGACCUUCCGUCGCGCCAUCCGCCUCUUCCUCCCGGCCUUCGCGUCGAGCACGCUGGCCUUCGUCUGCGCCUACCUCGGCAUCGUCAACGUGCCGAGGAAGGUCAACGGCCGGCCCUUCGAGCACGGCGUCGCCUCGUACCUCGAGUACCUUGACCUCGAGUCCAACCCGUGGGACUGGUCCACCAACUUCUCUGGCUUCUACAAUCCCCAGCUGUGGUCCAUUGCCGUGGAGUUCCGGGGUUCGAUGGUUGUCUUUCUCCUUGUCCUCGGGCUGGCUAAGACGCGGACCUCCGUGCGGCUGGCGGUCGAGACUCUGCUGAUAACGCACUGCUUCACCCACAAACGCUGGGACGUCGCUCUCUUCAUCGCCGGCAUGGCCGUCGCCGAGCUGGAGGUGCUCCUACGAAAGCCGAAGAAUCCGAACCCGAGGAGGAUAAUCAACGUCCUACUUGUCCUGGCCAUGGUCCUCGGCCUUUUCCUCUGCGGCUAUCCUCGAGACCACAACACCCAGACACCCGGCUACCAGUGGUCGAAAUACGUCUGGCCCUUCAGCGCCUACCGCCGCCGAUUCUGGUUAUCCUUCGGGGCCAUGUUGGUCGUUGGCCCCAUGGCAUUCCUGCCAUCCGUCCAGUCUGUCUUCCUGACUCGGCCGGUUCGAUAUCUCGGGCGGAUCAGCUUCGCUCUCUACCUCGUACACGGCCUCGGCAACAGAACAGUCGGCAAGCUGCUGCUCAACGGCUGCUGGAAUUACAUCGGGAAGGAAGGAUUUUGGCCGUAUACCACGAGCUUCAUCGUCUCUACGACGCUGUAUUUCCCAAUUGUCCUCUGGGCCUCCGACAUAUUCUGGAGAGGAGUCGAUAUUCCCUCGACGAAUUUCGCUCGGUGGUUCGAGAAGAAAUGCGCUGCUGGAGAAGGUGGAAGAUAGAGUCAGCCCUUAUCGGAGUAUACCCAACCACCGAAUAAUCGAUUACUGUGGCCAUCUAAGGAACGGGUGAAUAGUUAAUUGAAUUAUAGUUGUCUACGUGGCCUUUUGGAGCCGUUUUACGUGCCUUUUAUAUUCCGAUUAGCCCUCGCUAGGAUAAGGCUUAUUCUGUAGCUAUACGUAACCGAUUACGUACUUACGCGCCUAUACGCCUUCUUAGCCUAGGUAAGGCUAUCGUUAGGCUCUUAAAUAGCGUAAGGCCCUAAUUCCGUAGUAUUUUCCUCCCUUAUCGCUUUAUUUAUAUAUCUAUUUCGUUUAAAGCUAUUACGGGUUCUUUAGAUAUAAUAACUUAAUAAAC